UUAAAUAAAAUUGUUCGUUUGUUCAUUUCGAUCUCAUAUCAUAUUUAUUUACAUGGAAAUAAAAUUUAUUUCUCUUUGUUUGAAUUUUUAUCGACCAAUGUUGUUGUUUAACCAAAAUACUAUUAAGUGUGCAAUACCUUGUCCAGAAUACACAUGAUUUUACUUUUAAUGUCGAGUUUCGAAAUUGCAUUUUUUAAUGUUACCAGUCAAAAUCGAAACUAGUCACAAUUGAUAAUUUGAUGUCCGAUCACAUGGCCAGUCACCAUAUGGCGUCCACGAUUACAGUGUCACCUAGUCUCAAUAACGAUGAACUUAAAAAUAAAGAUGUUAUUGAUGAAAUAAAAGCGAAAGUGGAAGAAGAGGACGAAGAAGUGGAAAAAGACAACAAACACUUUAUGGAUGCUUAUUCAUUGAAAAGUAGUCCUAAUCAGCUAGAAUUUGGACAUGUGUUUGAAGAUCCAAAUGUUUGGGAGCAGAGAUACGAAAAAAAAGAUUUUGAUGAUCAUAGACAUCAAGGAAAGGUCAAAUGGGGUGAUAAAGAUGGUGGAUAUGGUGAACAGUAUUGGGAUUUUAACCACGGAAAUAUUGGAGAAUCAACAUAUGACGAUAAUGGGCAAAACAUUGGCGAUCAAUUGGAUGACUUGAAAAACGAGCCCGAAUCUACUCAGGAAAGUCGCCCUAGGCCAAUAAUUUACAAACCAUAUGUAAAAUAUGUGAAAAGGCAUAAGGUGAUGAUGAGGAGACCUAACAGAAUAAUUCGCAGCAAUUACAAGAAAAAACCUAUGGAGCCAUUAGAAACAACACCUUAUAAAGGUGACAGAGAAUAUCCUAAGUCUGCGCCCGUAUUAGUGUUUGAUAUGAGAACUGGUGUGGUGUUAGAUGAAUCAACCGGACAGAAAUAUUUGCUGAAACCGUUCGAUGAUAAAUAAUGUUUUAUGUGCAAUUUAUUUCACUGUUGUGGUUUUGUUAUUUUAUUUUUACGUGUGUGUGUGAUUGGGUCUAUGCCAUCGUUUUAAUAAA